AGCUUCUCGGUUAGACGGCUGAAUGUGCUGAUAAAUACUUAUGUCUGUUUUUUGUAACCUCACUAUUUAAACAAAGACACAUUUUUGGGAGAGAUGGAGUUCAGACAGCAGCCGGAGGUCAGGAUGCGAGGGACCCCGAUGGACCCCGGUGACCCCAGUCUGUUAUUUGACGACACUAGCGCUGGAGGGAACAGACACGAGCACAGCGGUGUGGGAAAAGGCCCUGAUGUGUAUCCGGGACAGGCUUUGCUCUCAGACCCCAUGUCUAACCUCGCCAUGGCCUACGGCAGCAGCCUGGCCUCCCACGGCAAAGAGAUGAUGGACAAGAACCUGGAUCGGUUCAUCCCCAUCUCUAAGCUGAAGUACUACUUUGCAGUAGACACUGUAUAUGUGGGCAAGAAGCUUGGACUGCUGGUGUUUCCGUACAUGCAUGACAACUGGGAGGUGAGCUAUCAGCAGGACACUCCAGUCGCCCCGCGGUUUGAUGUCAACGCCCCUGAUCUCUACAUUCCCGUGGUGGGUUUCAUUACGUAUAUCCUGGUAGCAGGACUGGCUCUGGGCACACAGAACCGGAUGUUUGUGGGAGUGUUAGCAGGACUUCGGUUCGGCCAGAUGGGAUAUUACCUCUCACUGCUCUGGUGCUGCGUCUCUACUUUUGUUUUUACGAUUCGCACAAUACGGUUAAAGAUUCUGUCUGAAGCAGCUGCAGAGGGACGGUUAGUGCGAGAAGCAAAAAACCAGCUGCGAAUGUACCUGACGAUGGCCAUCGCUGCAGCUCAGCCCGUGUUCAUGUACUGGCUGACCUUUCAUCUGGUCAGAUAAGAGCCACGGGUGUCGUUUCUACCGCAGCAGUCACAAACGACUAGAGACUCGAGCCUAUUUGCACACACAUAAUAAACCAAUGGACACACAUUGUGCAGCCUCACAGCACAGUGUGAAUUACCUGAACUAUCAUUGCCCAGCGGUCUUUUCUAUGUCUUUGGUUUGUGCAUUUCUAGGAGUUCCUGUUGGC